UCUCAGCAAUGAAUCUCAGGUGGCGACAGACAAGGUUGCUGGAAAGCUGAGCUCUACUCUCUCAUGGGUGAAGAACUCUGUGUCCCACACGGUCAGUCAGAUGGCUAGUCAGGUGGCCACGCCCACGUCCCUGCAGACCACUGCCACCUCCUCUUCUACAUCUCUGUCCUCGCCUGCCCUCUCACCGUCCUCACCGGCGCUGCUCAGUCCUGACGAUGUGCAGCUGCUCGCCAAGCUUGAUGAGCAGAACAGGCUGCUGGAGACAGACACCAAGUCGCUGCGCUCCAUGAAUGGCUCCAGGCGAAACAGUUGCUCCUCCCUGGUGUCCAGCUCCUCUGCCUCCUCCAACCUCUCCCACCUGGAGGAGGACUCGUGGAUCCUGUGGGGACGAAUUGUCAAUGAGUGGGAGGAUGUGCGCAAGAAGAAGGAGAAGCAGCUUAAGGAUCUUGUCAGAAAAGGGAUUCCUCACCACUUUCGGGCAAUAGUGUGGCAGUUGUUGUGCAACGCCCAGAAUAUGCCCAUCAAGGAUCAAUACUCCGAGCUCCUGAAGAUGACGUCACCUUGCGAGAAGCUCAUUCGCAGAGACAUCGCCCGCACUUAUCCCGAACACGACUUCUUCAAGGAGAAAGACAGCUUGGGCCAGGAAGUUCUUUUCAAUGUCAUGAAGGCAUAUUCUCUGGUUGACCGUGAGGUUGGCUAUUGUCAAGGGAGUGCAUUCAUUGUAGGACUGCUACUCAUGCAGAUGCCAGAAGAGGAGGCCUUCUGCGUGUUUGUGAAGUUGAUGCAAGACUACAGAUUACGAGAGCUCUUCAAACCCAGCAUGGCUGAGCUGGGUCUCUGCAUGUACCAGUUUGAGUAUAUGAUCCAGGAGCAACUCCCGGAGCUGCACAUGCAUUUCCAGGCUCAGAGCUUUCACACUUCCAUGUAUGCCUCCUCCUGGUUCCUCACCAUCUUCCUCACCUCCUUCCCUCUCCGCGUCGCUACACGGAUCUUUGACAUCUUCAUGUGUGAGGGUCUGGAGAUAGUUUUCCGUGUGGGACUGGCCAUCCUUCAGAUGAACCAGACUGAACUCAUCCAGCUCGACAUGGAGGGAAUGUUACAGCACUUUCAGAGGGUUAUCCCACACCAGCUCGACAGCGGACCAGAUAAAGUCAUCCAGGCUGCUUAUCAGGUUAAAUACAACACCAAGAAGAUGAAGAAGUUAGAGAAAGAAUACACUACAAUCAAAACUAAAGAGAUGGAGGAGCAGGUGGAGAUAAAGAGGUUGCGGACCGAGAACAGGCUCCUGAAGCAGAGGAUAGACACACUAGAGAAAGAAAGUGCUUCCUUGGCAGAUAGAUUGAUCCAGGGACAAGUGACCCGGGCUCAAGAGGCAGAGGAGAACUACCUGGUCAAGCGGGAGCUUGCCACAAUCAAACAGCAGAGCGAGGAGGCCAUUGCUCAGCUGGAGCAGGCCAAGACAACCAUCGGGCAGCUCCAGCAGCAGCCGCAAGCGAAGGGAGCCCCUCGGUACUCUGAGGAGUCCGUCCUGCAGCUGGAGAGAGAGCUCGUGCAGGCCCGGCUGAAGGAGGCCGAGUCUCAGUGCGCUCUUAAGGAGAUGCAAGACAAGAUCCUGGAUAUGGAAAAGAGGAACACGUCGCUACCAGAUGACACCAAUGUGGCGCGUCUUCAGGAGGAGCUGAUAGGGGUGAAGCUGAGAGAGGCGGAGGCUCUGACGGGCCUGAAGCAGCAGAGACAGCAGAUCAGAGACCUGGAAGAGCACUGGCAGCGUCACUUGGGCCGCACCGCUGGUCGCUGGAAGGACAGCCCCAGGAAGAAUACAUUGAGCGAGCUGCAGGACGAGCUGAUGAGCGUGAGACUACGUGAGGCAGAGGCCCAGGCAGAGCUGCGAGAGACACGGCAGAGGAUGCUGGAGCUGGAGACACAGAAUCAGAUUCACAGUAACCAUCUGCGACGAGCGGAGCAGGAGAGUCGCUGUCUCCAGGAGUGUGUGCAAACACUGACGGGGCAAAAUAAAGACCUGCAUGUGCAACUGCAAGAGAUCAAGCGGAGACGGGCUGAGAUUGAGUGCAAGAGUAAGGAAGAGGUGAUGGCAGUAAGGCUGCGGGAAGCUGACAACAUCGCUGCUAUGGCUGAACUCCAGCAGCAUAUCUCAGAGCUUGAGAUUCAGAAAGAAGAAGAAAAGGUCCAAGGCCAGCUGAACCACACAGACUCCAGCCAGUACAUCCACGACCUCAAAGAUCAGAUAGCAGAGCUCAAACACGAGAUUUGCUGCUUAAAAGGACAGAGGGGCUUGGCCAAUCAGCCCACUUUUGACGGGAUCCACAUCGUCAAUCACUAUGUGGGGGACAACGGGUCUUACCAGUCUUCAGAUGAAGAUGGGGUGAAGGGCCCCAGCCUCCAGGCCGCCCGGCUGAGGAUCGGGGGCCGCAUCCGACUGCGGCCCAACCUCGGGGACACCGACAGUGACGAGGACGACGAGGAGGAAGAGGACGAGGACGCACUGCGGCUCUCCGUACCUCAGAGCGGCAGCCACAAGUCCACCACCGUGUGACGACAAGACGCUGUCAGCACUCACUGAGGAAGAGUCUGGAUCUGGAAGUCUGAAUUUCAGAAAGGAAAUGCAUCAUCAUUUCAUAUCUUAUGGAUUUAGUUUAUUUAGUUUACCUCCCUUUUUUAUAGUUUUAGUUUUUCGUCCUGAGGGCAGCACACAGCUGUGUGUCUGAGCAGACCAUCAGUGUGGACCUCAGCAGAGAAUGAAAUAAUGUGGAGCGUAUCAAACUACUGGGCCACAACGUAGGUACAACACAGAGAAACAGACCUUUACGCUAUAUUACACACUUCCUCCAAUGUGUUUUUAUAUUUUUAAAGCAUUUUAUAAAUGAACAUCAAAAACAUGUAUUGAUGCCGUUACUACUAAGUGUCAUCAUGCAGAGGCAGAAUUGUAUUAAGUGCUGUGUGUAUAUAUAUCUAUUGUCUGGAUGAGCUUGGUGAGCGGCCGGUAUCAAAGCCGGUUGUGACGGCCAGCUCUGGCUUGAGGCAAUGUUGACUCUUUUGGCCUUAGCACAUGCCGCAUGCCUUUCACCAGGGCUGGUGUACCACAAGGUCAAUGUGACAUCUGCAUACUUGUAAAAUAUGUAAAUGUGUAUUAUGUCGGUCUUUUUCAAUUCCUUUUGAACUUGAAAAUCUGUAUCUAUUGCAUAUCUGAUGUUUAGAAUAUAUUGUAAAAUUCAGAAAAAGGGACAUGAGUUAGUUUAAUAAGGUAACACAAGUGAUAAGUCCUGUUGAGGUGAACUGUUAAGAGAAAAAGAAAAGCUGACGCUUCCUCGUUAGAAGACGUCAGCGCGCUGUUUUCAGAGCAGUUAAUUAUCAGUACAGAGGGGACAUGUUUAUUUUUUAACUUGUACUGAUUUUACCUUCUAAAUAAGCCCCGCAGUAAGUCGAUUCAGCACAUGGUAGAUUUUCUGAUGAUGAGUCAAACAUGAGUUAUGUCUAUCAAGUUUUGUGUAUCACAAAUUUUGCACGGAAAUGGAUGACGGUCCUAGGGAACUUUAAACUGGGAGAUAACACAACACACUUUUUAUGACACAACGUGGAGAGGAAUCAGUAAAGUGUUACCAAAGUAAGCACUAUAUUCUGUAUCGUGCUAAUCCGCAGGCCAGUUCCACUCCACUCCAUUUCAUGUGCAAGGACCUGGAUGUGUAAGGUUUCUCUGAAUGUCUAUCGAACACUAACUCCUGUAUUCAGUGAAAGAUGAGGUGGAAUGGAAUGCAGCUCGUCAUGUCCAGGAAACAGAAAAGAUUCUGACUUUGAGUCAUUGAUGAUGAUGAUGAUGAUGAUGAUGAUGAUGUCCCUUUGAUGAACAAGAUCCCCUGUGUUGUUUGAUGGGAGAGGAACACGUUAUGGCACUUUUUGAGUCUGCAGUGCAGUAAGGACACACAUGGCAACACUAUGGAGCAGUCGGCACACUCUGGAGACUACAUGAGAUUGUUGUGUGUGUGUGUGUGUGUGUGUGUGUGUGUGUGUGUGUGAGAUGAGUUCACAAUAAAGCAUUUGAUAAAC